AUGUCGUUGCUCAAGACUUCGAUGGUAAAUUUCGAGAGCGAAUGGAAAGAAAUGCAGCCAUCGCUGGCAUCAUUGGUCACGGGAAUGCCACAGACACUGACGAAUGAAAAGUGGCUCAAGAUGUACUCUGGCAUUUACAAAAUCUGUACAAAUCCUGGAGCUCCACAAGCAGAAAUGUUAUUUUUUCGAUUGCGAGAGAUGCUGAUACAUCAUGUCGAAUCAAUCUUGAAGGAGCUGGAAUCAAUUGAUGGCGAAUCCGAGUUCCUGCAUCACUACUGCUCAUCAUUUGAGUCGUUUGCAACAGGAACAAACUACAUUUCAGAGCUUUUUCGCUAUCUGAAUCGCUAUUGGAUCUCGUAUUCCCACUGUGAGACUGGACACGCUCCUGUUCCAGGAGUGUAUCCUAUCACGGAACUUUCGCUUCAUAUUUGGCACGACAUUGCAUUUUCUGAACUCAAGAAGCGCCUCGUGAAAGCAAUUAUUCAUAUCUUUCAUGCGGCACGACGUGGUGGAAGCGAAUGUUUUGACGAUGGUGACUGUGUUGCCAAAACGGUUCAGACAUACUUUAGUAUAGGCCUCUGCAAACAGGAUCAGAUGAGUCUUUAUCGAGACGAAUUGGAGCAGCCUUUUUUAAAGGAUACUGCUAGCUAUUACUCAGUAAAGGCAAUGGAGCUGUUGUCUCGGGUAACAGUUUCAGAAUACUUGCAAGAUACCGAGCAUUUUUGUGCCCAAGAGCAGAAGCGUUGUGAAGAAAGAUUGCAUCGGACCACUGUUAUUCAACUUCGACAAGUAUGCUGUCAUGUCUUGGUUGGCAAGCAUGCUGAUCAGAUUUGUGAAGAUGCGGCGACCUUUUUGGUCAAUAACCAGAAGGAAGAUUUGCGUCGCCUAUUUUCUCUAUUCUCAGAGUUGACCAACGAAAAUGCACUUAUGUCUUUUAAGAAUAUCCUGAAGAAGUACAUUGAGCGGAGCGGUCUUGAGGUCGUGCAAAAAUUCCAGCAGGAAGAUGCGACUAAGAAUCCAGAGAGAUACAUUGAAGCUCUGAUGAAAGUUCGCAACAAGUACUUUGACCUGAUCAAAGAUGCAUUUGGCUUUCACCCGCUGAUGCGGACCGCGCUUGAUCAGGCAUGCCGGACAUUUGCAAAUUCCCACCCGCGACUUCCUGAAUUAUUAGCAAAGUACACUCACUAUCUGAUGUCACAUGAGAAUAAAUGCGGAGCUAGUCGAGCACUGCUUUUGCCAGGAUUACCACGAUCGACGCUUAGUUUGGAUGAUAUGUUGGAGCAGAAAAUUGAAAACAUCAGUGUGGUAUUUUGUCUCAUCGAUGACAAAGACGUUUUCAAGAAAUACUACUCGAAGUUUUUGGCAAAGCGGCUUAUCAAAGGCACUUCUGUGUCAAGUGAUAUGGAAGUGUUGCUGAUUCUCAAGCUGCGCGAUAUUUGCGGGUGUGAUUUUGUUUCAAAAUUGCAGAAGAUGCUAAAGGACAAAAUGCUAAGCAAGGAGUUAUUGCAUUCGUUCUCUGCUUGGCUGGAAGAGAAAGAUACCGAGCUGCGCUCUGAGGACGCGUCUAACGCUUCUGCUAUUGAGCUCCACCACACGGUAACGUAUUAUUGCGACGUUCUUACGGCUGGAGCUUGGCCUAUAUCAAGUGCAGCUGCAGAGCACAAGAUUAUUCUGCCGCCUGCCUUUGAAGCUCAUACCCGCCUGUUCACAAAGUUUUACACCGGAAGGAGCACCGGUCGGAAACUGCUAUGGGUUCACAAUCUUUCGUUUGGGAUGAUACAAAGUCACUGCUUUGAAAAGCGCUACGAGUUUUUGCUGAGCUUUUACCAGAUAUUGGUUCUCCUGCAGUUCAAUACAGCAACGGAAAUUGCACGAUCCGACAUGGUCCGAUUAACCAAUAUCCCAGAAAAAGAUUGUACACACCACAUGGCUAGCCUCGUUAAGUUGAAAUUGCUUACUUCAAACGGAGCUAUUGAGAACCCGACGUAUGCAAUCAAUUUCGGAUUUACCAGUCGUAAACUUCGACUUUCCGCUGUUCCAAACACUCCAGUCGAAUCGCCGAAGACUGUUAAGGUUACACCCCGUGAGGUUGCAGAAGACCGCAAGAUGUCGCUGCAAGCAGCAAUCGUGCGUGUUCUUAAGACACGUCGGGACAUUCAUCAAGCACAACUGGUUAAUGAAGUAAUUCAGAUGCUUGUCAAUCAGUUUGUACCUACAGCCACGGCCAUUAAGCAAAACGUAGAAAUUCUUAUCCAGAAAGAGUACUUGCGCCGCCACGAUGACGACCAAGCAAGGUUUCUUUACGUGGCGUAA